AUGUUUUCCAAGGGAAUUAUAUUAUUUUUUCUGGUUAUAUUAAUCUACGAUAUAACUCAAAUCUCCUCGAAGCUUGAGUUCACCAAUGUUAAAUGCAACUCCAAGGACAAGAAAUUCUUCGAAUUCGAGUACUGUUACAUCAAAUCAGUUAAUCGCAGCUACAAGUACAUAUCCCUGAAGACUCGUUUUUACAGCUUGCCCAUUAAUGAGGCAACGGCAAGUCUACAGAUCCUGCGAAGGUUUCGCUCUUUUAUGCCCAUAACUAUGAACGUUACUGUCGAUAUUUGCAAAUUUAAGACCGGAAAGAAGAGUAUAUUGAAUCCGAUGCUUGAGCUCUUUGAUGAUGUUAGCAAAAAGUACACCAACUUGAACCACUCGUGUCCGUAUGAUCACGACCUUGUGAUAGAAAAGCUUCCUACUGAUUAUCUGAAUCGACACUUCACCGAUGUCCUGCCCUUGCCGCCAGGAGAGUACGUCUUCAAUAGCAUAUGGUUUCACAAAGGCAUCGAACGGGCCACUAUUAGGAUAUAUAGCACUAUUUCAUAG